UUUAUCCUGCUUACUCUCAUCCGUUUGUGUGAACGUAGUGUAGGGCCCCAUUCGAAUUCGGAGUACUGUAUGUACAAGUUGAGUCUUUCUUUGCUUUAAUAUAUCCCCCGCUUUCUGAUGCAGCGCUUCUUCACUAGUACGGUUUUUCUUUCUCCUGUCUCGACUUACCAUCAGACGUACUCGGUUACGCGAUAGGUCGGGUCGUUGGUUCUUCAGCUUUGCUUCUUUUUCAUCUUCCUCUGUGUGUUGAUUAUUAUUUGUGAGAAUUCUUCUUCACUUGGCAAACGCGUUACUCUGUUCUAUUAUAAAUAGACGUCAGUAAUGCUGGAGAGUUAUUGCGAUAAAACGUUUAACAGUGAUCUAAUAAGUUUUGUUUAAAAGUUCCACUAGUUUUGAACAUAUUAGAUAUCAGUGGCAGUGAUGAAUAUUUAACAAAAGUAAAUUUUAUUUGGUGAGAUGAAAAAGCACCAGAUUGGCUAGACAUAGCCGGAUGCGGCGGUUAAGAUAAUGACCACGUUCAAGGACCUUUUGGAUGGUUCAUUGGGCCGACAAGUAUGAUCAGCAUUCGAGGGUCAACGAGCCGCGUCAAUUCAACUCGUAUAAUUAAGUAAAUUAGGCGCUAACGUUUAUAAAUAUAUAUGUAUAUAUAUCUAUCUAUAGUGUAGUGAAGCAUACAUAUAUAUACGAGCUCCAAAAACAGGUUUCAUAAAAUGUCUCAACGAGGUACAUCUCCCAAUUGUGGUAAUACGGAUAUUAAUAAUCAGCCACGAAAUAUUCGGGUGGUUGAUUAUGAUGAGGAAGAUGAUUGGAACAACUCCCGUAAAAGUUCGAAUAACCAUCAAGCAGAGUUAAGCCAUCUUCAGCAUCGCCGUGUAGAAUCACCUUUACAUCCAAUCCAACACACCAGAGCACGGCCAAACCACAGUCCAAUAUUUUCCGCAGACUCCACCUACAGUACAAGAAUGGAUCUUUCAGAUUUGACAGACGUUGGUCCAACUAACGCGCGUGACGAUAUAGAUUCACAGAAAAUCCGGUUGUACUUUCCCCCAAAUCAUCAGAACAAUACCUAUUGUAGUAGAAGCUUACUGCCUACUGAAUCUCCGUAUUUGCUCCAGUCACAUGCUCCAAUAAACGAUACCGAUCUUGCUAAUGAAAGAGCCAGUCAUUAUCAUUGCGCAAUGGAGGAGCAAAAACAUAGAAACAAGCACAUUGAUGAAAGAUCAACCAGUCCGGCUUCCAGUUCAGAUCCAGCGGAAGUUCUCACUUCGCCGAGACAGCAUUCCAAGCACCGACAACAUCUAUCUCAUCGUCAUCGGACCGCUAAUUCGAGUAAAGAUCCUCAUUUAUAUCACAGUACAAUUAAUUCUGGUCAAUUAAAUCAUCAGCAUUCUUUCCCGCUGGCUGACAGGCAUCGCCAACAAAAUAUCUGUCAUCGAUAUCAUGAAAUCGGUCAGCCGGCAUCCUGUUCUCCAGUUUGUGAUUCUGGUAUUAGAGAAGACGACAGGUCAUCUUCGGUGCAGUCGAAUCAUCGAGAUCGCUUAUCUAGUUGCGAUGACAUAAACGCAAUGUGUUCAAUAGUUGGUACGGGAACAACAACUACCGCAACCAUGUCCGGCAAUCUUCUAUCUCCAUUGCCUAACGUCACUGUAGCGAAUUAUCAUCAUCGUGCCAGCUCCGGUAUCUCCUGCGAAUCAUCAACCUCCUCGCCUAGUAUUAGGAAUCAUGGUACGCUUGAGAACUGCGUGACUGAGAGGCAUCGAAAUUUAUCCCGUCAUAAUCACGUGAUACAGCCUUAUGCUCUGGAUCCUCCACAACGUGUUCAGAGUGUUCAUCCACGUGAAACAAAGAGUCCACUUCUUAUUGGGUUUGAUUCUAUCCAGAUGACACCAACUUUAUCAAAAAAUAAAUGCCGGUGCCACAUUGAUCAUUCACAACAACAACAAAUACAAUUACAGCAGCAUCACCAGCAAGAACAGCUUCAGCAGCAGGGUCACCAGUCUCACCAUCACCACCAUCAUCAUUAUCACCAGCAUCAGCAAUACAGCAAUCAAGAUAAACGAAGUCCAGAAACUGAAAAUAAUGAUAACAGUAUCGUUGCGGUGACAUCACGAAUUCAUCAACCUCCCGCAUUACCUCCUAGACCACCACCUCGGUCAAAUAGACGAUGUGAUGCAACUCCGUAUGAUCGAACAGAUAAUGGCGAAGGAAAUUGUUGUAAAAAGUAUGUCGUGCUUUGCUGUCUCUGUGGGGGUCUCAGUGCCGCUGUUGGAUGUCUCUUCCUCGCUGUUCAUGCCGUAUUAUCAGCCCACACAGCAAGUCUUGCGCUAUUUGAAACUGUACCAUCAUACAUUCCAGGAAUAAUGUUGAUAUUGAUGGGCUUGUUUACGAUGAUUCUAGCAAGACGCAAACACCGAUACGGUAUUUUGAUGAAAAUAUGCGGUUCAGUUGGAGUCGUAUGUGCACUAGUCUGUGUCCUCGUCACGGUCACAACAACAGUCGUCCACAUGUCAAGGCUGCAAGGUCUUCGCGAGUGCGUUUAUACAGCACGUGCAAGAUCAUGCACUUGUUACGGGGCACCCCAAGGUCGCGGUGGUGAUCCAGGUGUGUUAUUUGAAGGUACUCCUCACUGCGAAGCUGUCCAUGGUGCCCUUUAUGCUUGUUUAAGAGCGCUAUUCGGUGUUUCUGUAGCUGGUAUUUUAGCUUGCAUAUUUUCUUGUAUGCUAGUUUAUCAAUUACUCAGUCACGAAAAGAAAAAAAUGUACUGGGAGCAGCUUGAAUUGAGAUGCAGAUCUCUGUACGGACAUGGAGGCGGCGGAAAUAUGGCUGGCGUACCAGUAGGUUCUUGUGGUUGCUGUAAUGACUGUGGUGGCGUUAAUCCUUGGUGGGCACAAACUCCAGGGAAUUUAUAUACUCCAAAUCCUGAUUUAGCACCGUCUAGAAGAUGGCGGUUACCCUGGUCACGGUCACGAGGUCCGGCACCGACUCCCGAUUCCAAUUAUGGCUUUCAUGCACAAUCUAUGAGACAAGCUGCCGAUGUUAAUGAUUCAACACGAGAAAACACUACGGCAAUACCGAACCCCUAUGGUCUUCUUGACUCCCGACAACCUCACGCUUCUUACUCCGUCCUUAAUGCUCAAAACACGUCUUACACAGCAAACACCGAGUCUUACAGUGUACUUGAAACUCCUGUCCCUCUAUGGGGACCUCCGCCUCCAUACAGUGAUCCCAAUAGUCCAGCAAGAAGGCCACAAAUAGUUGAACCCAAAGUAGCAUCUUCUGCUGGUUCUACGACCUCUUCUACACCAGCCACUGGUGCGUCCCCAGCUCAGCCAUUGCCUCCUUCAUUGAGAAUCGCCACCGUUAAGAGGACAGCCGAAAAUUUUGAAGCUAUCGAAGAUCCUCAUGGAUCGAGGACCCUCCAGCAUUGUACGCCUUCCGAUAACUACGAGAAUACUGAAAAACUAUCAAACACUACUGAACAAGAAUGCAGUGGGGCGCAUGAAGGGGCGGCUAUAAAAACCAGACGAUCAAGAAGAAAUUUAAAGGGUGUUGAAAAUGACGGUUUUCAAAAAGAACUGAACAACCAAAUGUCAAAUAGUAAACAAUCUGAAAGUGAAUUAUACUUUGGAGAUGUUUCUUCUUGUUGUGGACCUGAAAGCAGUUUAUAUGAAAUGACCGUCGACAAAGAAUUAACAGACGAGAUUCAGCAACAGCAACAACAAGAACAACAACAGCAGCAACAGCAAUCAGAUUACAUGCCAUCACGAAUGGCCAAACAACGUCUUUCAAAGCGAUCUCGACUCCCACUUCCUCUAUUACCUCAGAAUCAAACGUCAUCCCAUCAAGAUAUAAAUCUUGAUGGUGCGAAUGAACGAAGUUAUAGCAAUAGUGAUGAAACAAUGACAAAUUCAGGGGCAUUUCUAGCUCCGGAUGCCCAGUAUGAAGUUAUUCAACAAGGCGCACAUUAUGGUUACUACAUUUCUAAAGAGAAUGAUUAUCGAGAUGCGCCAUCAAGCUACUCGUUUUAUCCACGAGAUCCAACUAAUUCUGAAAUUCCACACGAAUAUCGAGGGAUCGUUAAAGACGAAGAUAAUGAACAUAGUAAUUCAUUGAGCGGAGUUGGUAGUUUAGAUAAUGAUUUAUCACACGACAAAGUAGUUAGUAGAAGAACCGAACAUCAGUGCUGUACGAAUAACGUUACAGACAUUAAUUCCGAAUGGCAGAAUGUGGAGCAACAGUCAAACUCAGACGACGGUGUCUGUCCAAUAAAUGUUUGAUUUAAUUAAUUGUUGAAAUUAAAAUAAUUAUUAUUUUUUCUUCGGUUUGUAUUAUUAACAGUAGGGUAAAUAAAAUGAAGAAAAAAGGCUGUCUAUUAAAUCAUAGUAGAUAAAAAAAAUCGAGUAGAUAAAUUGAAUAACAAAAAAAAAUUACCAUCAUAGUAUUGCACUUAGAUGAAGUAAUUUAAAGUUAAUUUUAUUUGUUAUUAAAUAUAAUGGUGUAAAAAAAUAAUAAAUAAUUUUCACCCGCCGAUGGACCAAGGACAAUAUUUACGGAAUACAAAUUAAUAUACAUUUAAUGAUAUUAAUAAUAUUUAAAGAUAUAUUAAUUAAUCAAUUAAUUAUUGUUUUUUCUUCUUAUAUAUAUACGUACAAUAUUAUAGAUUUACGUAAUAGUGUACGCACAAUUUAUCGCACAAAUGUUCAUAUACCAAUGUGCAAUUCUUGAUAUGAGUUAUUAAUUAUUAUUAUUAUCAAUUAUUACUAUUAUUAUUAACUGAUGUAUAACUGAUGUAAUUUUAAAAAAAUAUUUUGUAAGCAGACUGAGGAAUAUUAACAAACUAUAAGCAAAGAAACGUAAAGAAAACAAUAACGAAAACGUAUAAAAAUCAAUAAUUUAUUAAUAAAAAUAAUUAAAAUUCUUAUUAAUAAUAACGAUAAUAGUUUUAACGUUAAUCACAGUUGAGUAAACUAAAGCGUACCUUCAAACAACUUCCGGUUGUGAAGUUUGUCUAUGAUCAUUGUAGAAUGUAAUUAUAGAAAGAUAAAUAAAAAAUAAAAAAACCUUUGUUUUUUAUAAAUAAAACAAAAAAAGCCAAUAAAAAAUUGACUUCGAUUAUUUGCAUGUACUUAAGCCGUUAUGAGUCAUUGAAUCUAUUUAAUUGACUUUAAACAUUGAUGAUACUUCCGUUAACUAUCAAUACGCGUAUCUUAGGACAAAACAGCAGCUGUGUGAUCUGAGGAGCACGCGUGACACGCGCCCCAAAAUUUCAACGGUCGCAAACAGCUGCUCGAAAAAUCAACUGUACACUCGGUUUGUUCAAACUUCCUAUUCCCCUUUACUCCAUACAUUUAACAAGGUCCCUUUAAUAUAUUUAAAUCCCUUGUCAAUGUAAAUUGACAAUUACUCAACGUUUUUUUUUUCUAAUCAAUACGACUAGAACUGUUGAGUAAUUUUUUAAGAAAAAAAAAAUCAUAAAAUUUAAAACCCAAAAGAAGAAAUUGUAAAAAAACAGGCUGCAAGUUUAGCUGAAUUUAUUGUAUACAUAAGUACUAAAAGUGAGUAAGAAAUUAUAUUACGUUGUGCUGGUGGUAGUGGUGGUGGCAAUGCCAAAGUGGAAGUAGUGGGUAAGGAGAAAAAACAGCGGGCCCGUAUUACGAAUGAACCCUGUACCCUAUGACAAGCAACCCCUCCACAGGCCAACGAAAAACCGUCAUUCUCUUCUUACCAAGUGCAGCUGCCACUGUACUGUAAUGGUGCACACUCGAUUUCGGUUUUCAGUUCACUUUUGACGCUCCAACUACUCGGUUCAUUGUUUAUUCUCUUAUAAUUUUUUUUUAUUUUUUUAUUUGCAUUAUUAAUUUUUAACUUGUUGCAAUAGUAAAUUAAAAUUUUCGACUCUUAAAUGAAGAAAUAAAAAAUGUGCAGUAAAGUUAAUAUAGAUUCAACAAGGCAGUUAAUAAGUGCGCCAAUUCGAUCUGUCAACUUGUCGUUAGAAACGUGGAGAAGGCCUUCGGUAAUCAGUAGUGCUCUGGUGAUUCUUAUUCGUCGUAAUUGAUGCAAUUGCUCAAAAACUUUUCGAUCUAAAUCUUUAAAUUUGUGUUUGAUUUUUUUAAAGAAA